GUAGCCUGGGUGGAGGAGGAGGGAGAGCCUGCUGGGAGAAGCCCCGACUGGGGGCCAUGGGGGGACAGGUGAGGCUGCCGCCUGAAGAGCCCUGCCAGAAAGGCUAUGUGCUGUCUCUGCUCUGCCCAAACUCCUCCCAGGCCUGGUGUGAGAUCACAAACGUGUCGCAGCCUCUGGCUUUUCCUGUCCUCUACAGGGACCUGAAUGCCAGCAUAAGCACCUUGAGCAGUUCUGCAAAAGUUGAAAACAAAUACAGUCUGUAUGUGGGCCUGGUGCUGGCGGUCAGUUCCAGUAUUUUUAUCGGCUCCAGCUUCAUACUGAAAAAGAAGGGCCUCUUGCAACUGGCCAAGAAGGGCGUUACCAGAGCUGGGCAAGGUGGACAUUCUUACCUCAAGGAAUGGCUCUGGUGGGCAGGAUUACUGUCAAUGGGAGCCGGCGAAGCGGCGAAUUUUGCAGCCUACGCUUUUGCACCUGCCACCUUGGUCACCCCGCUGGGUGCUCUGAGUGUUCUAAUAAGUGCAAUAUUGUCUUCCUACUUUUUAAAUGAGCACUUGAACAUCCAUGGGAAAAUAGGCUGCAUAUUAAGUAUAUUGGGGUCAACCGUGAUGGUUAUCCAUGCCCCACAAGAAGAGGAAGUCACUUCUUUGCAUGAAAUGGAAAUGAAAUUGAGAGACCCAGGAUUUAUUUCCUUUGCUGUGAUCAUAACUGUGAUCUCAUUGGUGCUGAUUUUGAUCGUGGCUCCCAAGAAGGGACAGACCAAUAUAUUGAUCUACAUUUCAAUAUGUUCAUUGAUUGGAGCGUUUUCAGUGUCUUCUGUCAAGGGUCUGGGAAUCGCCAUCAAGGAACUGUUGGAAUGGAAGCCAGUUUACAAGCAUCCUCUGGUCUUCGUUUUGCUGGCUGUACUUGUGCUCUCGGUGAUGACACAGAUUAACUAUCUCAACAAGGCCCUGGACACCUUUAAUACAUCUCUUGUGACUCCCAUCUAUUAUGUAUUCUUCACGUCCAUGGUAGUAACUUGCUCCGCCAUCUUAUUCCAAGAAUGGUACGGCAUGAAAGCUAGAGAUAUCAUUGGGACGCUGAGUGGGUUCUUUACCAUUAUCAAUGGCAUCUUCCUUCUAAACGCUUUUAAGCACACUAACAUUACCUGGAGUGACCUGACAUCCACUACUCAGAAAGAAGUCCUCUCUCUGAAUGGUAGUGAAGACAAGUAUGUCCUACUAGAGAACACAGAAUGUUCAACCCCAGGAUUCAAUGAUGACAUUACCUUGUUUAGCAGGACUGAUGAUCAAAGUCUCUAGCAACCCUGAACUUUAACCAAUAUAAGACACCUGAAGGGGAUAGGAAAUGCCUGAUUUUUUUGAAGAACUAUUAGGAAAGCUGGCAUUUUUAAAGUUCUAACUAAUAAUCUAGAUGUGAGACCAAAAAAAAAAAAAAAAGGAGGCCUUCCUUUUUGGCCACCAAAUUUGAAAGUCAAGAUUUGGAUCCUCCCCCCAGAAGACUUCUACUGUUUUUCAUUUCUACAAACUUGAAAUAUUCUCUAAGCACAAAAGAAUUUAGGGUUACAUGAGUUUCCAAGUAAUCUCUUCUGGUCACAAUAUAUUUGUCUCUGCCAAGUGGCUCUUCAUUUCUUUGGCUGCUAUUCUUAGUAAUUCAUAGAUAAACUUAACUAUGUGCUGAUUAGCAAAGUAUCAAUCAUCAUUCUCUGAUGACUCAUAGUUUCAAAUUAUUAAACCUGAGAAGUGAGAUUACUGAUGCC